CUAAUCUCCCUCGUCUCCGACCUGCUGCUCUGCAGAGCUCGGGCCGCAUAAAAAAAUAAAAUAAAAAAUAACCUCGCAAUCACACCCGCAGCUUAAACUAAUCGCGCUGCGAUCGCGGGAUCCGACGAACCACCCCGCAUCUCCUGCUCCCUGCUCUGCUCGAUUCCCACCAAACCCCGCUAGUCCAGAUCCAAAUCCGGCGCCCCAAUGCCCGAGGCGCCGCUGCCUCUGCAGGCGAGGCGGCGGCAGCGCAGGGGGUGGCGGCGCCCGCGGGGGCUGCUGGCGUGGGGGGCGCUAGUGGCCUUCUUUUUCGUCAUGAACUGGUGGAUGUUCUCCCGCCUCCAGGACCCCGCCGCGCGCCCGCACUUCCGCCUCCGCCGCCACCCGCCCCGCGCCGCGGCGGCCCACGCCGCCAACUCGUCCCUCACUACUCUGGAAGAGGUGGCUGGAGCUGCAAAAGAGAAGAGGCCUCACAAGGUUAUGCUCACCCGUCUACUUGCCUUGGCAGCCCAUGCCUUGGGAGAGGCAGAAACCAGGCCGGAACCUAAGGAUUUGUGGAUAGAGCCGAUAAAUGCUACUAUGUGGAGGCCUUGUUCUGACCAAAGGGAUUGGGAAGCAUCAGUGACUGAAGAGGUAACCAACGGUUACAUCAUGAUCAGUGCAAAUGGUGGCAUAAACCAACAAAGGGUUGCGAUAUGUAAUGCUGUUACCAUUUCUCGGUUGCUCAAUGCAACUCUUGUCAUCCCCAAAUUCUUGUACAGUAAUGUUUGGCUGGACAAAAGCCAGUUUGGCGAUAUAUAUCAGGAGGAUUAUUUUAUCAAUUAUUUGAAAUCUGAUAUUCGGAUUGUAAAGGAUCUUCCGGUAGAGUUGCAAUCAUUAGACUUGGAGGCGGUUGGCAGCCUUGUUAAUGAUACAGAUGUCAUGAAAGAGGCAAAGCCAAGUUUAUAUGUGAAAAAAAUACUGCCAAUUUUACUGAAGAACAAAGUUGUUCACUUUAUAGGAUUUGGCAAUCGCUUAUCUUUUGACCCAAUACCUUCUGAACUUCAGAGACUGCGAUGCAGAUGUAAUUUUCAUGCUCUUCGUUUUGUACACAAAAUACAAGAAACUGGUGCACUUCUUGUUGAGAGGUUACAUGGCCCUGGGCCUCAUUCGUCAUCUUUGGAGGAUAAUCUUUUAGGUCAGGUUGCCAUCAAAUCUGUCGGCAAUGGGAACACGAGUCAUGCAUCCAAAUAUUUGGCUGUCCAUCUCCGGUUUGAGAUUGAUAUGGUUGCGUACUCAUUAUGUUACUUUGGUGGUGGCAAAGAUGAGGAAGAUGAGUUGGAGGCUUAUCGCCAAAUUCACUUUCCUGCUCUGACAGAAAUCAAGAAGACAACAAAGUUGCCCUCUGCUGCUUUCUUACGGUCUGAAGGCAAAUGCCCCCUUGCACCUGAAGAGGCUGUGCUUAUGCUUGCCGCUAUUGGUUUCAAGCGCAGCACAAAUGUUUACAUUGCAGGUGCUGAAAUUUAUGGAGGGAGGCAUAGGAUGGCUGCCAUAAGUCGUCUUUAUCCUGCUUUAGUAACUAAAGAAACCCUUCUUUCUCCAUCUGAGCUUGAACCAUUUAGGAACUUCUCAUCUCAGUUGGCAGCACUGGACUUCAUUGCUUGUGCAGCUGCCGAUGCAUUUGCUAUGACAGACUCAGGAAGUCAAUUCUCUUCUCUUGUUCAAGGCUACCGCAUGUACUAUGGUGGUGGGGACCUUCCCACAAUAAGGCCAAACAAGCGCCGGCUAGCCAGCAUACUUGUGAACAAUGCCACCAUUGAAUGGAAGGAAUUUGAAACUAGAGUAAGAAAACUCAUACAGCAAACUAAGCAAGUUCAUGAGAGGCCUGUUGCAAGAAGCAUAUUUAGACAUCCACGAUGUCCAGAGUGCAUGUGCAGAACAGAGCAUUGACACUUUGACAGUUUCUUGUGCCUAUACCAAUAUUUAUUGAGAAGAACGACAUACCAAUGAGACCGCCAAAGCUAGUUCUUUUGUGCUUUGGCUGACAUCUGGACAUCUCUUGCUCCUGAACUACUAUUGUGAUCAAAUUGAAAAAAAAUGCAGUGAUUGAGGUCUCACUUGUAGCAGAGAAGCAGUAUAACUGACCAGCUUCAUCCAUUCGCUUACUGCCCUGAUCAACUAAACAUUUUGUUGGAUUUGGAUUAUUUGGCAGAUUCUUGUCUCCUGUGUGAUGGAAGUGGAUUAAGGACUAAAUUUUGCAUCUGGACAGCAGUGCUGCCAUAUUUUUGAUAGGGCUCAGUUACUAUUCUGUGAAUGGAGGUGCAUCAUCUGCAUCUGACCAAAGGAAUAUUAUGUUGGGCAAGCUGACCAACAACUUUCUAGUCUUAAGAGUGCCUCAGUUUUACUCGGAUUACCAUUCAACAAGUUAGGCUGCCAGAUUUCUGUGAACCGAGUAUGCCAUCUUCAUUUUUGUUUGUUAUCGCUUGAUGGGGCCAGGUGGCAUCUCGCCUCCUUUGUUACCAUUUUUUAAUUAUCAAGUAGUGUUGUACCAUAAGAGGCGUAGCAAUGUUGUAAGUUUAUAUCAACUGCCAAAGCUUACAUUGUCAUUGAGAGGAAUGCUCCUUUUUGUGCAACCUCUAUUUGUGCUCGUCCAAGGGCAAACUUGUAUAUUCUGUUCUGUUACAAUGCUUCUCUGGGGACUAUUUUCUUUGCUUUCCUUCGUUUUCUUUGGCAAUGUCUGCAAAAGUGUGAAUCGAAGUGUCUGGCAAAUGAUAUUCUGAACCACCUCAUGUCUGGUGU